AUGGCUUCUCAAUGGGAUGCUAUGACUACUCGAUUGGACGGGAUUGCUAAUAAGUUGGAGCAAAGUACAAAGAGCACACAGGCAACCUUCCAGGACAUUGAAGCUAAGAUUGAAAGGCUAGGAAAUCCUAAUAGGCAGCUCGGUACUUUACCGAGCAACACCCAGCCUAAUCAUAAGCCUCAGCAGAGUAACCAGGGGUCCGGAUCAAAGUAUACUCCUCCUAAUGCUCGAAAUGAGCAAGUCAAUGCAAUCACAACAAGAGCAGCUGAAGAACCUGUUGAUGAUGAGAUAGAGAUGGAGCCGAAUCCAGCCCUGAAGACACCGGCCGUUCCAUCUACCACUGUUGAGAAACCCACUGUUGAGACACCUUCGGUGAAGCCUUACGAACCAAAGGUGCCAUUUCCUCAAUGGUUAAAGAAGGCAAAGAUCAAGGAAAACUUUAAGAAAUUUGUUGAUUUGAUUCAAACUGUUAAUAUUACUAUUCCUCUAGUUGAUCUUCUUGCAGGUAUGCCUAAUUAUGCGAAGUUUCUCAAAGAUCUUAUAGCGGAUAGAAAGAAGUUGGAAGAAGGGAAGAUGACAGUCAUGAGUGCCGAGUGUUUCGCCAUAAUCAAGAAUGAGAUUCCCCCUAAGUUGGAAGAUCCAGGGAGUUUUUUUAUUUCUUGUUCUUUUGGAAUUAAAUUGUAUAAGGCAUUGGCCAAUCUUGGGGCCAACAUUAAUUUAAUGCCUUAUUCGGUGGAUGUUAAUGUGCCUCUAAUCCUAGGACGACCAUUCCUUAUGACCGCGGAUGCAAUCAUCCGGGUUAAGGCCAAGGAAAUUUCUUUAGGUGUCGGUGAUGACCGAGUUGUUUUUAAUGUUGAUAGAGCUCUUAAACAUCCUUACUUGUGUGAUGAAUCUUGUUUCAGGAUAGAUGUUAUCAAAGAGGAGGAUGCCUUGGAAAAAGAGCUUAUGGAUUACUUGGAUAUGGAAGAUGGGCAAGCUUUGUUAGCUUGUAGUGAAGAAUAA